ACGAGGACCGCGAGCGGGACGCGUGAGGUACGCGAGUGGGAGCGAGAAGUCACGUUCGGGAGAAGGUGAGCGUGCGCAGAGUCGCGGCGUGGUAGUGGCAGGCGGUGAGUUUGUUUAUCGCCUUGGUGAACGGCGAGGACAGUCAGUCAGUGUGCGAUGCUACGCUCGGUACGAUACACCCAUUGGUAGCGGUACGGGACGCGCGCGCGAUCGGGUUAGUUUCCGUCGGGUAGGAAAUUCGGUCGUGUCUCUUUUCCAUCUAUUUUUCUCUCUCUCUCUCUCUAUUUCUGUCUCUUCUUUCGUUCGAACGAAUAAUAGCGCGAGUGCGCGAACUCUACAUCGUUCUUUUCAUCCGCACAUGGCGGUCUAAUCGCCUAUUCGACGUCAAUCUUGUGUCGCGCCGGAAGAGAAACAUGCUACAGUGCACUGUCAAUAGAUAGUAGAAGCCUUUUUCGUGAUACAUCUCGCGCCGAUCUGGUGACAUUGCCGUGUCCUCUCGAAUUUGCGACGCAUAACCUCAUUUCCCUGAAAAUCUAUCAUCGACUACGUGGAAACGUGGGACGUUCGUCACAUUGGAUAAGACCAACCCCGGAUCGCUGUCUCGCUGACAACGACGACGACGACGAGCGAAACUCGUGGCGCAGAGUGAGUCUCGUCUUCAUCCCGUGACACGACUUCAUCCGUCAGCAUCCGUCGCAUUCGUCUCUCUCUCUCUCGAUCCAGAGUUCUCGCGGAAGUAAAGUGCGCGGAUCCGAUGUGAGACUCGCGAGUUCUGUCGAGAAUCGUGAUCGAUUCGCGAAAAGUCGCCCGCUCGAUCGCAAAAUUAAAUCGCGAAAUUCGUCGUACGCGUGAGACACGUGUCUUGUAACGUCUCGAAACGUCAGUCGCGACGCGUGCUCUAUCAGUGCCGGAAAUAUCGUCCGCGACGAUUAUAGGACCCGUCGUCGUCACUCGUCGUCGACGACAUGAUCUUCAGGGUGACGUUGUUGAUUGUGUGCGCGCUGCUGGCCGGCGCGAGAGCCGAACCGAGACCACGGCAAAGACCAGUGCCAAUCUAUUCGAAUCAGUUCGCAGUUUACGUGCCCAGCGGAGCGGAGGCUGCCGAUGAGAUCGCCCAGGAGCACGGAUUCGACAACUAUGGACAGAUUGGUGCCCUAAAGAAUUAUUAUCUCUUCUCUCACAAGCGACUGCACAAGAGAUCUCUCACUGUCAGCGAACCGCAUCAUAAGGCGCUCAGGGAUGAACCGCGGGUGCACUGGUUCCAGCAGCAACACGAGAAGAAGCGCAAGAAGCGCGACUUUGGCGCCGCGUCCUACGCGUUCGCCGAUUAUCCGCCCUUCUUCAGCGACUUCGGUCCGCGUCCACGUCCGCGACAGGCUACCGUGUUCCAUCGCCAAAGAAACAGAGGCUUGCCGCUUCAAAACCUGUUCACGGACCCGCUCUUCAAGGAACAGUGGUACCUGAACGGCGGCGCUAAGGAUGGGUAUGACAUGAAUCUCGGUCCGGCUUGGCAGAAAGGCUAUACCGGCAAGGGUGUCGUCGUUUCGAUCCUAGACGACGGCAUUCAGACCAACCAUCCUGAUCUGGCGCUCAACUAUGAUCACCAGGCCAGCACGGAUAUCAACGACAACGACGACGAUCCGAUGCCGAGGGAUAACGGCGACAACAAGCACGGCACUCGAUGCGCCGGCGAGGUCGCCGCCGUUGCCUUCAACCAGUAUUGCGGCGUCGGUGUCGCUUACAAUGCCAGUAUCGGAGGCGUGCGAAUGCUCGAUGGCCCGGUAAACGACGCUGUCGAGGCCAGAGCGCUGGGAUUGAAUCCUGAUCACAUCGACAUAUACAGCGCCUCCUGGGGUCCCGAGGACGACGGCAAGACCGUCGAUGGUCCGGGCCCGCUCGCCAGGAGGGCGUUUAUUUACGGAGUGACGAGCGGUCGCAAGGGCAAGGGCUCGAUCUUCGUGUGGGCGUCGGGUAACGGCGGUCGGCAUACCGAUUCGUGCAACUGCGACGGUUACACGAACAGCAUAUUUACACUGUCUAUAUCGAGCGCAACCCAGGGCGGCUACAAGCCGUGGUAUCUCGAGGAAUGCAGUUCCACCCUGGCAUCCACUUACUCAUCGGGCACGCCCGGCAAUGACAAGAGCGUCGCCACUGUGGAUAUGGACGCCAAGCUACGUCCCGAUCACAUCUGUACGGUGGAGCACACCGGAACAUCCGCCUCGGCGCCGUUAGCCGCCGGUAUCGCUGCCCUCGCCCUCGAGGCGAAUCCGACUCUAACAUGGCGGGACAUGCAGUACCUGGUGGUACUCACCUCGCGAUCUGAGCCAUUGAACAACGAACCCGGCUGGAUACUGAACGGCGUGAAGAGGAAGGUCUCCCACAAGUUCGGCUAUGGUCUGAUGGACGCGGGCGCCAUGGUCAGUCUGGCUGAACAGUGGACCAAUGUACCUCCGCAGCACAUUUGCAAGUCCGACGAGAUCAAUGAGGAAAGACCGAUUGAUCCCACGUACGGCUAUACCUUGAGCGUGUACAUGGACGUCACCGGAUGCGCCGGAUCCUUGAAUGAGGUGCGGUUCUUGGAGCAUGUGCAGUGCAAGGUUUCUCUAAGGUUCUUCCCUCGAGGAAACUUGAGGCUUCUAUUGACCUCCCCGAUGGGCACAACCUCGACCCUAUUGUUUGAACGACCGCGCGACGUUCUCAGUUCCAACUUCGACGAUUGGCCCUUCCUCAGCGUGCACUUUUGGGGCGAGAAGGCGGACGGCCGAUGGACUCUGCAGAUCAUUAAUGCUGGGAAUCGACACGUCAAUUCACCAGGCAUACUGAAGAAGUGGCAGCUGAUCUUCUACGGCACGUCGACGAACCCGAUCCGGAUACGCACGCGGCAGUUUAAUCCGGUACAUUCUACGUACCUUCCUUCCCAUUCCAUUCAUUAUCCGUUCAGGGUAGACGAUGAUCCGCUACAACUGUCCGGUUAUCCGGGCAAUAGCGACUUCUUUUCUUCGUCUACCUUUCAGAGUUACCAGGGUCCGUACUCCGGCGCCGCAUCAAAUCUACAGGCAUCGGUGGCCACUUUGGACGGCUCGUCGGCGCCGCUCCUGACGAAUCACUUGCCCGGCGACGUCUCGUCAGCAUCCGUCUUCGACUCACCCUCGGCGGCAUCAUCUGCGCAAGCGGAUGGCUCUCUCGAUACUACCAGAAGGAUACUGCAUGAUUGUGAUCCUCAAUGCGACGCGCAAGGCUGUUAUGGCAAAGGUCCGACUCAGUGCGUCGCCUGUAAGAAUUAUCGUCUUGACAACACAUGUGUUAGUCGUUGUCCGCCAAGGAGCUUCCCUAACCAAGGCGGCGUCUGUUGGCCAUGCCAUGAAUCUUGUGAAAUAUGUGCGGGCGCUGGUCAGGACUCCUGUCUUUCCUGCGCGCCCGCUCAUCUUCGAGUCACCGAUCUAGCGGUUUGUCUCCAGCAAUGUCCGGAAGGCUACUACGAAAACACCGAGAAUAGCACGUGUGUGCCGUGCGAGGCCAACUGCGCCAGCUGUCAGGACAGACCGGAUAAGUGUACCAGCUGCGAGCAUCACUUGGUGAUGCACGAGAACAAAUGUUAUGCCGCGUGUCCCUCGUAUACAUACGAGACGCAAGAUUAUAACUGCGCUCCGUGUCAUGCUACCUGCGAGACCUGUAACGGUACAGCGGAGAAUCAGUGCAUUACUUGCCGAUCCGGGUUGUUCGCUUUGAACGGCACAUGUCGCGCCUCGUGCCCGGUGGGUUAUAGUGCCGAUAAGAAGCGGCGCGAAUGCGUCGCAUGUCCACCCGGUUGUGCGACCUGCGCCACGCUAAGUUGUACUAGCUGCAUCGAGGGCUGGAGCUUGAAUAAAAAAGGGCUAUGCGCGCCUGAAAGUCGCAGCAACUGCAACUCUGGCCAGUAUUACGAAAACAACCAAUGCAAACUCUGUCACUCGUCUUGCGAGACCUGCGCCGGUCCCACAGAAGAUCACUGCAUAUCCUGUCCGAAUCCGUUAUUGCUUCAAGGCAAGCGCUGCGUAUCCCAGUGCGACGACGCGUAUUAUUCCGUGGUACAACCUUCGCGACCGAUUUGCGUCCCUUGUCUACAUACCUGCAAGAGUUGUGUCUCCCGUCUGAACUGCACGGCAUGUCAAGAUGGGCUACAACUGCAAAGCGGAGAAUGCAGAUCGUCCUGCGCGCCAGGUUAUUACAGCGAUAGAGGUCAAUGCGCCAAAUGUUAUUUGUCAUGUAAAACAUGCUUGGGACCCAGGAGAGAUCAAUGCGUCACUUGUCCGAGAGGCUGGCAACUGGCAGCUGGCGAAUGCCAUCCCGAAUGCCCAGAAGGUUUCUUUAAAUCCAAUUUCGGUUGUCAAAAGUGUCAUCAUUAUUGCCGUACAUGUAAAGGAGAAGGUCCGCUAGAAUGCACUUCCUGUCCUCCUCAUUCGAUGUUGGAAGGCGGAUUGUGCAUGGAGUGUCUGGGUGCGCAAUACUAUGAUUCCUUGACACAACUCUGCAAGAGUUGCCAUUCCGACUGCCGAAGAUGUACUGGUCCCGGCAAGUUCAGUUGCGCCGCAUGUUCGCUGCCGCUGCAUUUGGACAAAUUAAAUAAUCAGUGCGUGCCUUGUUGUACAGGCAACGAAAAAGGACCUCAAGCUGAGGAGUGCUGUCUUUGUGAUCCAGAAACCGGCGGCUGCAGGAACAGCUCGCCAGCUGGUAAAAGAAGAGUACCAGGAACAGAAUUCUCAGCCGACACUGCUAUCUCUGAAACAUACUUUGAUAGCGACAGCAAGUCAAGUAAUAACGACUCGGCAUCACUCGCCGUAACAGCAGCCACGACUAUGGCAGUCGCUAUUUGUUUAGCAUCAAUUGCGUUGUUUGCAAUGAUAUUCGUCGCUCUUCAGGCCUGGUCCGGCAGAAGGGAGGUUAAUAUGGGAUAUACGCAGCUCGCCGUGAAAGUGGAACCGUCCGAAGACCCGGACACCGACGACGCAACAGAGUUGAUGACCUAGACUUCAUUAACUGCCACGUAGCUAUUGACCUCAUAUCGAAGAGUCGCAGAGAGAUUGACGAAUCUCGAUUGUGAUCAGUUUGCGAGUCAGAAGUUACGUGUUUUCACGUCAGCGAGGUCCAGAGAUAGUCUACAUAUGCGUAAUGAGAGAAAUGGGAAAACGGUGGUAAAUACGUAACGGAAAGGAAGAAGUGGAAGAAAAAAUAGGAGGAGGAGCAAGCAAAGGAUGAUUUGUCGAAAACGUGAUAGUAGAACUCCGUAGAGUAUGAACAGCGGAAGAGGAAGAGAGAAAGUGAAAGAGAGAGAGAGAGAGAGAGAGAGAGAGAGUGAAAGGAAGUAUGAUUGAUAUCUGCCGCGAUGCGGUUGCAUGAACGUGCAAAUGAGGAAUGUGUGUUUAGCUAGAGAUAUACUUUUUGCCCGUCAUUGUUGUCGAGUGCGUCGCCGAUACCAUCGUCACACACAUCAAGACAUUGACGGUGAUUCCGAACACGGAGAAAAAGGGUGAAGGACAUUAUGAAGUGCCUGAUUAGUGACACCCUUGAUUCCACACCCUUUCGCGUUCCCCCUCCGACGCUUUCUGUCCACGAAGUAACGCCGAAUCUUCGUCGAUUAUCGCGUCGAUCGUCGUCGCGUGCAUCCGCAAACAAAUAGAACUUCAACUAAGCGACGGACAACACACGAACAAGUUACAAGUGUUGUGCGGUACAAGAGUCGAAAGCAAUCUAGUUUGUUCAAUAGCACCUUUGAAUGAUAUCUAUUGCCGUUUUUUUUUUCUUCGCGCGACAUUCUUGGCACAAUCGACGACCGUUGCCAAGUUAUUAAAGGAAUGAAGGCACAUCUCUUUUUUCGCCUCUCUUCGGAAAGGCUUUACCGACAUUUCGUUAAGGGGUGAAGGGAUGUAAAAGUGGCCUCCGUAUAUUAGGUUGAAUCACGGACCACAUAAUCGUAAUCGUUAAUCGUGAGACUUAUGAAUGGAUAUUGUUAUAUAUUUGUACAAAUGAUAAUAGUAACAAGUGAGCGAACAAAAGGAGGCAAUCGCGCAGGGAUCAGGAGGGGGAGGCGAAAGAAAUGAUAACGAGACGACGAAUCCCAUUUCGAAAUUGAGUCUCGAUUAAUCGACGCAAUUCGCAUAUUCGGAGGAACCAACAGACUGUUACUCUUGUUUGCUACUGCGAUCGCCUAAUUAUCUGACGCGUCUGUGACGUCAGUCGUCGCAUUCCAGUACCUCCCAAACUGACACAACACAUGCCGUCGACACAGCUAUUGCGUUUUGUAAACUGUUUGUUGUUAUUAUUUGAUUGUCUACAUUGAUGUUUUGUUUAAUAUCUCACUUUCUCCGCGUUAUUCUUAUUAUUUUUUAGUUCUCGCUCAUAUCCGUUCUUUUCCCGUUUCGUUGGGAUCGCGUGAGAGGAGAAAAAUCGUUUUUUAAAAAAAGAAAAAAGGUAAAUGAAUGGAUAAGAAGAAGAGAAAACCAUACGCAACGAUCCGCAGCGAAUCGAUAUUAUUGAAAGCCAUCGCCCACGCCUAUUCAUGUGAAUAUUGACUUUCUCCUCGUGAUUUGAUAUAAAGCUAUUAUUGUACUUUUAUGAUGAACGCGAUUAUAAAUAUAUACACAUAUACAUACACACACGCAA